UGAAUAAAAAUGAGGCAUACCAAAAUUGGGUAUCCAUCGAACACACCAGAACAAUUCUUCUAAAGCAGCAAUAAGCAAAAAACCGUUAAUGGGGUCCCGCACUGACCAUUGGUAUUUGGCUUUCUCCUUCACCUCUUUUCAAUGAAUCCAAAAAUUCUCCGAUCUUCUUCUUCCUCUUUCCUCUAACCCUAACCCUAACCCUAAUUUCCAAUUCCCAUCUUGGUCUCUCCCCAUUCACCCUCAUUCCCAUUUUGCCCUUCUCCACAUUUCUUACUUUAAUCUAUAUUCAUGCCACCCAGUGCUUCAUUUCUAGUUGAUUUGAUUUGAGUAUUGUGUUUAAUGAUCGAAUUGAUUUCUCGAUUUUGAGCGGUGGAUCAAUUUGAGGGGGGAUUUUGAUUGGGUGGUGACCAUGUCAAACUUGUAUGGGGAUUACAAUCAGAAGAUUGAUUAUGUAUUCAAAGUGGUUUUGAUUGGGGAUUCAGCAGUUGGGAAAUCUCAGCUGCUGGCUCGUUUCGCCAGGAACGAAUUCAGUGUGGAUUCAAAAGCCACAAUUGGUGUUGAAUUCCAGACUAAAACCCUUUCCAUUGAUCACAAGACUGUUAAAGCGCAGAUUUGGGACACUGCUGGCCAAGAAAGGUAUAGGGCCGUGACAAGUGCAUAUUACCGAGGAGCAGUAGGAGCAAUGUUAGUUUUUGACAUGACCAAGCGUCAAUCGUUUGACCACAUGGCAAGGUGGCUAGAGGAAUUGAGGGGACAUGCCGAUAAGAAUAUUGUUGUCAUGCUCAUUGGCAACAAGUGUGACUUGAGAAGUCUGAGAGCAGUGCCAACUGAAGAUGCACAAGAGUUUGCUCAAAAAGAGAACGUGUUCUUCAUGGAGACAUCAGCUCUAGAAUCUACCAACGUCGAAACUGCAUUUUUUACAGUUCUAACAGAGAUAUAUCGAAUAAUCAGCAAGAAAACCCUUGCUGCUAACGAUGAGUUAGAUCCCAAUGGCAAUUCAGGUCUUCUUAAGGGAACCCGGAUUAUUGUUUCCAAUCAGGAGCUGCAAACAGAAAGGAAAGGUGGUUGCUGUGGAUGAUCCUACUUUAACAGCCCACCUUUGUUUUUGU